GCCAACACCGGUACUGGGGGCCGCAGCCAUGGAGCAGCCUUUGAGCAGCCCGCCGGGGCUGUCCACCAUCCUGGCGAGGACGGACUGGUCCGAGCCCUGGCUGAUGGGGCUGGGCGUUUUCCACCUCCUCUGCUUCCUUCUGACGUGCAUCUCGUUCCAGCACUACCGGGUGCAGAUCGGGCACUUCCUCUGCAUGGCGAGCUUGGUGUACUGCGCUGAGUAUAUCAAUGAAUUAGCAGCUAUGAAUUGGAGGAUGUUUUCUAAAUACCAAUACUUCGAUUCAAGAGGAAUGUUUAUUUCACUUGUGUUUUCAGCACCACUGCUGGUGAAUACUAUUAUAAUUGUGGUCACCUGGGUUUACAGAACUUUGAAUGUUAUGACCGAACUGAAGACAUUACAGCAGAGAAGGAAAGCAGAAAAAGAGAAAAAGAAAUGAAAGUGCCUAACACCAUUUCAUUUUCUUUUUUAUUAUAAUAAUACAUAUUGAGGUAAUCAGUCCUUCUGUAUGUUUGUCUAGAAACAGACAUGUUUUUAUGUCUGAUGUUAAGAGGACUUUACAGCCUGUGCCUGUGAACAAUGAGGAGAAGGCAGAUGCCUACAAUAUAUCUGAACUGGCUGUGAAAGUGAGGACUUUGUGCCCUUCAGUGUAAGAUGUUUUUCCACCACGACCAAGGCUAUUAGUGUUGUUGAGAUGCAAUGAUCCAGUUUAUUUCCAUUUGCCUGUGUAUUUUUAACUAUGUCUUAACUGUGUUUAUC